AGAGGCAGGCCAGAGUCAUGGACGACUCGGUGCUCCCAACAGGGUGGAGCAAGCGGACGAAUGCCGACGGGAGAGUCUAUUACGCCAACGACUUGGAGAAGAAGACUCAAUGGGAGCGCCCUGCCGGCCCGGUUCCGCCCACGACCCUCCUUCCGCCUGGCUGGUCGCAGCGUAUCGAUGCUGACGGCCGGACCUACUACGCCAACGAUGUCAUGGGCUCUACCCAGUGGGAACGCCCAAUCGUCGUGCCGCAGUCUCGCCUUCCGCCGCCGUCUUCGUCAUCGUCUGUACAAGGCGGAGCCGUCGACGACGGCUCGGAUGCUGCCGCGCUCUUCGCCUCGGGAAACGUGCUGAGCUUGAUGGUUGAGGGCAGAGUGGCGGCUCCGGAGCCGGUCUAUGUCCAUGUCGUCGAGCAUGGCCGUGGCGCUGGCAAUCUGGUCUUCUUUCGGUGCGACGGCUCCAAGACGCCGAUGCGUGCCCAGAACGACGGCUCGUUGGCGUUUACCAGCGGCGGCCGCGACCCGUCGAUGCUGUGGCGGGUGCUGCCGGCCGGCCCGGGCGCUGUUCGCAUUCUCUCGGUCAAGCACCAGAACGACUACUCGAUCGACGGCUCGGACGGGUGGUACAUUGGCCUGGCGUCGGUCGACGGCCCGCCGCGGGUGGUGGCCAACGCGCCGCGCGAGCGCGGUCGCAUCGUCCCGUCGCUCAUCCGCCAGAUCGGCGGCAGGAGGGCCGCCGCCACCGCCCAGCGCGCCCGAGGCAAGGCCUCCAGCUCGAGCGGCGGUGGGAUCCGCGGCGCUCUGUCGGCCCUCGGCAACGUUGGCCGCUACGCCGUGGGCCGGGUCCAGGCGCUCAUCUCGCCGUCGUCGACGUUGCUGCAGACGGGCUCGAUUGUGACACUGACCAACGUGGCAACCGGCGGAAGCCUGCGCGAGCCGCUAUACGCCCACAUGAUCACCCGCGGCGCGUUUGGUCGUGCCUUUUUUGCGCGGUGCGACGGGUCCAAAGCCACUCUGACUGUCAUGCCCUCGGGGGAGGUCCACUACGACGGCGGCUAUGAGACCAUGUCGCAGUGGGUAACGGAACAAGUCGGUGGUGAGCCUGCUGAGCGCCGGGCCGACGGCCGUGUUGCGUCGGGCUCGAUCGUCGCGCUCCGCUGCGUCGCCGGCGAGGGUCGUGCCAACCGGGCCGGCGGUCUCGACUGGUACCUCGGCAUGGAUGCCGACGGAACGCUUGUUGGCAACGACUCUGUUGACAACACCUCGGCCCACUGGCAGCUCACCAUCCUGUGCAACAUGGCCCUGCGCGUCGAGAAGCUGCUCAAGGAGGUGCCGGCCUUUGAUGGCACGGUCAGCCUCACCGCCGAGCAAAAGACCCAGUUUUACCUCGACGGCUAUCUGCAUCUCCCACAGGUGGUCUCACGCGAGCUAGUCGACGCUGCGCUGCAGGUCAUCAAUACCGCGCUGGGCGAUCCCGGCUCGUGGCAUCGCAACCCAGACUUUGGCCACUGGGACCUCAAAGGUGUUGACGGCACGCUCGGCUCGCACCCCGCCAUUCUCGCACUGCUCUAUGCCGCGCCAACCCACGCCUACACCCAAGAGCUGCUCGGCCGUGACAAUGUCAACAUGCCUCGCGGCGGGCAGGUGGCAGUCCGGAUGCCCAAUCCAGAUGCCAACCACGACGCACCGCAGCACUGGCACAUCGACGGUCUCAACAAGGGCCACCACUCGUCGUUCUCGCUUCUUGUUGGCGUCACGCUCUCGGAUCAGCUCGGCCCAGACUGGGGCAACCUCGUGGUCUUUCCCGGCCAGCACCACGUCAUGGGCGCCAAGCUCCUCGCUGCGGUCAUGGAGGCGCGCGCCGAAGCCGCUGCGCGCGGGCCAGGUGUCGAUGACGCUGUCUCGGACGACCUCAACUCGUUCAUCAGGCAGCCACUCUCCGGCGGCAUCGCCCUCCAGCCGCACGCCGGCGACGUCAUCCUUGUCCACCACAAGGUCCCGCACCGGGUCCAUCACAACCACUCGCCACACAUCCGCUACCAGAUCUACUUUCGCGUCUCAUCCAAGACCGGCGCGCCCUACGACACCGUCACACUCGAGAACAUCUUCUUUGGCUUUGAGGGCAUGGAUGACGUCGUCGCCCAGCUCCAGUAGCAAACAACUGCCGUUUUUAACGCCAUACUAUCUCGCCAAGCCACACAAGCACGAUUGUCGAUCUAGCCAAGCUGCAC